GAACCGCUCGGCCCUGGAGCGGUCAGGCGACGGACGACAGGAGGACUGCCAGCCCUCCAGCUGGGACUUCUGCGACGGGCAGGAUCUCAGGGUAAAACAGUGCACGAACAUCACGAUGGCAGAUCUGCUGGAGGCCCACAAGCAGAUGGGCAGGACCCAGUACGCUCAGCAGUACAAGCAGCAGCCGCAGGUGUUCAGGGCACCAGCAAACCCCGGCUUUGCGGACGCAGUCGGCGAUACCUUGGCGCUGUCAGUGGUCACGCCCAAGCACCUGCAUGACCUCGGUCUUCUGCAUGAGUCUGUCGAUGACCCGGAGGUGAACAUGAACGUGCUGAUGGCGACGGCGCUGGAGAAGAUGGCGCGGCUGCCGUUUGGCUACCUGAUGGACAAGUGGCGCUGGGGCGUGUUCUCUGGUGAGAUCGGCGCCGACCAGCUCAACUGCGAGUGGUGGCGACUGCGGCAGGAGCUGCAGGGCGUGCGGCCGCCGAAGCAGCGCGCCGAGGCCAACUUCGACCCGGCCGCCAACGAGGCCGUGGUCGCCAACAAGCCCUACAUCAGGCACUUUGUCUCGCUGGUGCUGCAGUUCCAGCUGCACCAGGCGCUGUGCGAGGCUGCCGGUCAGUUCGACGCGUCCGACCGGGCUCGGCCCCUGCACCGCUGCGACAUCUCCGGCAGCAAGGAGGCCGGCGGCAAGCUGGCAGCGAUGAUGAGUCUGGGGCGCUCGGAGCCGUGGCCGGACGCACUCGAAGUCAUCACGGGUCAGCGCGAGAUGGACGCCACAGCGCUGCGGGACUACUUCCAGCCGCUGGAAGACUGGCUACGGCGUGAGAACCAAGAGACGCGCGAGCACAUCGGCUGGAAGAGUGAGGAGUCCGCUUGUGUGCGUGACCCUUCAGCACCCUUGCCGACACCAGAGCCAGAGCCGGAGCCGGAGCCGGAACCGGAGCCAGAGCCGGAGCCAGAGCCGGCGGGAGGGAGCUCCUCGCACGACCACGCGCACACGCACGGCGAUGGCCAGGCCGAGCACAAUCACCCCCACCCCCAUGACCAGGGCCACGACCUGGGCCCGAAUCACGCUCACGACGACCACGAUCACGACCACGGUCACGACCACGAUCACGACCACGAUCACGAUCACGAUCACGAUCACGGCCACGGCCAUGAUCACGACCACGACCAUGGCGUGGAGGGCAAGCUGUCCGGACAGGACGCUGAUGGCAGUGAUGAUGACGACAGCGGGUCACCGGGCGUCGGUGGCGGCCUGCCCACAUUGACGUCACUGGCUCUGCUGGCAGCCGCCUUGCUCGCGCUCGUCUGAGCGGCUGCGGCGUGUCUCGAGCGGGACAGCUCUUCUGCGGCGUGAGUGUCUCGAGCGGGACAGCUCUUCUGCGGCGUGGUGUCUUGAGCGGGACAGCUCUUCUGCGGCGUGGUGUCUUGAGCGGGACAGCUCUUCUGCGGCGUGAGCGUCUCGAGCGGGACAGUUUUUGCGGCAUGAGUGUCUCGAGCGGGACAGCCCUUCUGCGGCGUGAGUGUCUUGAGCAGGGUAGCUCUUCUUAGCACAGCCUCGAGCGGGAUAGCUUUCCUGUGAUGUGAGUGUCACAAGUAUGGCAGCUCUUCCCUGGUGGGACUGUCUCAAACCGGACAGCUCCUCCAUGGCGAGAACGAGCAGCAAGCAUCCGUCUGGGGUGGGACUGUCUCAAACCGGACAGCUCCUCCAUGGCGAGAGCGAGCAGCGAGCAUCUGUCUGGGGCGGAAAUGUCUCGAGCAUGGAUGGUAUCUGCAGGACGCCAGCGGCCAGCUCACCCGUGCUGAAGCUCGGCAUCCUGCGGCUGAUGCUCGCCGCUGGACUCUGUCCGGGUGGGACGUGCUGUGGAAGGCGCUGCGGGUCGGACUAGCGCUGGGUCGGGGCGAGAUCAUGUCUGAGCUCACGGGUCUGUCGGUGAAGUGACUGUGCUGUUCGUUAUCUGGCUUGGGGUACAGCCGCGCUUGUUUAAGUGGGUAUUGAAUUCCCAAAAUGAGGUGAUUUACGUGGCCUGAUACAACUGUCGCUGUAAACAAACAUUCCGCCCUGUAACGAUGCAAUCUUUCGUUACGAGCAAUCUCUUUAAAGUCAACGCGGUGUUUGUCAUAAGCAUCUUUCUCGCAGAGAAUCCAAGUGGGGCGAAUCGGUGGCAUUCCGUUUUUCGCAAUCUCUUACCGUGAUCGCAACGUCUGUCGUAUAACAACAUGAAUAUAUUGAUCGAGUGAA